CGCGGGUCCACGUCUCCCGGCCCUGCCCUUCGGCGUCGAUGGCCUGGCUCAGUACGCUUGCCAUCAUCGAAUCAUGCGUAGGUAGGUAGUGCUCUCAGAUAAAAGCCCAGUGCCUCGUCAAGAUUCAAUUGCUCUGCGACUCGAUGUGAACUUCGUGCAAGGCUAUGGUUGCAGUCUGAUUCAUCUCGACCACAAUGUCCAAACAAGCUCUUCAACUCAUUACCCAGCCUCUCCUCAACGCCAUUCCAGACGACUUGACAGACCGUCUAGACCCGGUGUAUGUCGAAUACUACAACAAGUACAACGCCGGUAGACUCCAUACGCACCAAAUACCGAUCGAGACCUUUCGCGCCAACCCACUACAGUACGUCAUCCAAUGGGGUCGUGCAGACGGUGGUGAGGUAUUCAGGAUCAGCGAACAGAAGUGUCCUGUAAACGGCGGUGAGAUCUCUAUCCGUAUCUUCGAACCAGGUCCGGCAGAUGAUGCAACGACUCCACGCCGGCCACUUUAUAUCAAUUACCAUGGAGGCGGUUUCACGUUUGGCGACUUGGAAAUGGAUGAUCCGUUCUGUCGACGGGUCUGCAGGGAAGUAGGGUGUGUGGCUUUCGACGUCGAAUACCGCCUCUCGCCUGACUAUCGUUACCCUAUUCCAUUGGAGGACUGUUUUGCAGCGCUGAAAUGGAUACAAAAGGAAAAGGUGGACGAGUUUCAUCUGGACACCAACCGGACUGCGAUAGGUGGCGUGUCUGCUGGGGGUCACCUUUCCGCUGUACUGGCUCACUUGGCCCGAGAUGAAGGUGUUCCGCUCGCUUUCCAGCUGCUUGUCGUGCCUGGUGUCGACAUGACAGCCUUACUUCCCAAUGGUGACGUUAACCCGACUUGCCCUUACAAGUCUUUUGCAGAACUGGUCAACACACCUGCUCUACCCGUGGAGCGCGUAUGUUUUGCAUACAAUCAUUAUUUAGGUAUUCCAAGGCCGAAAGGCUGGGAAAAGGAAUGGAAAAUCAAUCCGAUCAAAGCGCCGUCUUUCCGCGGCCUAGCCCAGGCACUUGUAGUCACGGCAGAGCUCGAUCCGCUCAGGGAGGAGGGACAAGCAUAUGUCGAAAAGUUGCGUGAAGCGGGUGUGCCAGUGGAGCAUAUCAUGUACCCCAGGGUGCCGCACCCGUUCAUGAUGCAUGAUGCCGUUCUCGAGGCGGGCAAAAAAUACCAGGUUGACACGGUUCGAGCACUGAAGGAUGCGUUGCACAAGAAAGAGGGUGAUGGUGACAAGAUCUAUAGGAAUUGA